AAGGCAGCAGAGACUAUUUAAAGAAUAAUUUUAAGUUAAGCUGUUAUUCAAUGUCUUAUGUAAAGCUUUAAUUAACAACAAUAAUACUAGCAAGUUAUUGACCAUGGUAUUUUUUAAUGGCUGCAUCCAUUGCAAUACAGAAGUUUCUGGGCCAGGGAUUGAAUCUGAGCUGCAGCUGCAACCUGCUGCACUGGGCAAGGGAUCAAACCUGCACCUUCUCAGUAACCCAAGCUGCUGAAGUUAUAUUCUUACCUUACUGCAUCAUGGCAGGAAUUCCAAUUAAAGGAUUUUAAAUUCAUACUUCAGAGUAUAUACCUUACUUUGGAGAAAUGGCUCGAGUAACUGACAUCCGUAAUCACGAGUAUCUUCUCCCUGAUGCUUGCCAUACUUUUGCUUGAUCUUCAAUAUUCCUACAAGUCUUGAAACUGAGGUUGUUUUCAAAUGCUUUCUAGAUAUUUCUCAGGAAAUAGCAUUACUUUUUCAAUUUUGAAAUCUGCUUGUUAGUUUGCGCUAAUUCCAUUUCACCAUUUUACUCUCAACUACAUUAAGAGAGGACGUCUGUUUUUAUCUUAAUUUAUUUUCCCAAGUAGUCUGACAUUUUUAAGCUGGGAGACGAUGGGAAGGACAAAGUGCUAGGGGUGUGGGGGCAUCUCCGCCAAAGGUAGGAUAAAGGCACGGAGUGAUGGAGGAAGUGAGUGAGUGAGCGAGGUGUGGCCUGGGGAGUGGGAAAACCACCAACCAGACACCUAGGAAAUUACCGUGGGUCGUUUAAAACAUUUAUGUUGAAUACGUACACUGAGUGGACAAAAACUUCCACUUCUGGGACAUUUGCUUAUACAGACUCAUGGAGCCAGAAGCUGGAAACAACAGGACGGCUGUUACUGAACUAAUUCUACUAGGCCUGGUGGAUACAGAAAAGCUGCAGCCUGUGGUCUUUGUACUCUUCCUCUUUGCCUACCUGCUCACGGUCGGGGGCAACCUCAGCAUCCUGGCGGCCAUCCUGGUGGAGCCCACACUCCACACCCCCAUGUACUUCUUCCUGGGGAACCUAUCAGCUCUGGAUAUUGGAUGUAUCACUGUCACUGUUCCUGCAAUGUUGGGUCGUCUCCUGUCCCAUAAGCGUACAAUUUCCUAUGAAGCCUGCCUCUCCCAGCUCUUCUUCUUCCACCUUCUAGCUGGGAUGGACUGCUUCCUGUUGACAGCCAUGGCCUAUGACCGAUUCUUGGCCAUCUGCCGACCCCUCACCUACAGCAGCCGCAUGAGCCAGAUGGUCCAGAGGAUGUUGGUGGCUGUGUCCUGGGCUUGUGCCUUCACCAAUGCACUGACCCACACUGUUGCCAUAUCCACCCUCAACUUCUGUGGCCCCAGUGAGGUCAAUCACUUCUACUGUGACCUCCCACAGCUCUUCCAGCUCUCCUGCUCCAGCACCCAGCUCAAUGAGCUGCUGCUCUUUGGUGUGGGUUUUAUUAUGGCAGGUGCACCUUUGGUUCUCAUCAUCACCUCCUACAUCCAUGUGGCAGCUGCAGUUCUACAAAUCCGUUCAGCAGAGGGCAGGAAGAAAGCCUUCUCCACAUGCGGCUCCCACCUCACUGUGGUUUGCCUUUUCUAUGGGACUGGUAUCUUUAGCUACAUGCGUCUAGGUUCAGAGGAAGCUUCAGACAAGGAUAAAGGGGUUGGGGUUUUCAACACAGUUAUCAACCCCCUGCUGAACCCUCUUAUCUACAGCCUUAGAAACCCUGAUGUUCAGCGCGCCCUGUGGCGGGUACUUGUGGGGAGGCGGUCACUGGCCUGAGAGAUGAGAGGACCCCUCCUUUCCUGCCCUUUCUGGGUUGGGGAAAAUUUCCCAUGGUGGAAGUAACCUUGAAAAAUGGUCCAUAACCAUUUUUCUGUCUUCCGGUGCCUGAAGAUUUGUGUGAUGUUUGUCCUGCAAAGAAACCCUACAUAGUUCAUUCAUUUAUUCACACAAUGGAUAUUUAGUGAAUUGUUCCUGUGACCCAGACACUCUUCUAGGGCACUGGUCAACAGAACAGACAUAAGUCUCUGCACUCAUGCAGCUCACAUUCUAACAAAGGGAGGCAAACAAUGAACAAGUAUCAUAUAUGGCAUAUCACAUAGCGAUAAGUGCUGUAGAGAAAAACAAGCAAGAUAGGGAGAUAUGGAGUUAGGUUCUGCAGAGCAUGCUCCUGGGGAAAGUGGCUACCCUGGUUUUGGCUGUGCUCAGUUUCCAGGCAAAGGUGAUGAUUUGGAAGUCUUGUAGGUCUGGAUAGCAGUGUCCUACAGGGAAGGGCUAGUUGGUUAAUCACAGCCUAAGUAACCAAGAAUAUUAUUUCUGUGAAGUUUUCUUCUGUUUGGGGACAUGAGAGUCCCUCUAGUUCAGAGUGAAGUGUUGUCUUAAAUCAUGGGCCCAGUGACAAGGAUUAUUCUAUUCUACUGUUCAUCUUUCUCCUCCAAGAAAAUCACUUCCUUCUCUUCACUACCUGCCUGGAUUUUUCCCAUCUGUAUCAGGCAAAAUAGGCCAGGUUACAUUGUGUAAUGAAAAGCCCCUAAAAUCUCAGUGGUUUACAACAGCAAAGGUUAAGUUCACAUUCUUGUGACCUCAAUUAUCUGACAGAUCCAAGAAGAGUUGCUGCUUUUCAGAUUAUCUUUUUCUUACUGUGAGGAUGAGAGUAACAUCUUCCAAGCGCUUUAUAUGUUGAAGUGGAAACCGGAAGUUUAUAUUUGAUUUGAUUUGAUAAUUGCCUGUGGUGAACAUUUAUGAUCUUUUUCUCCCUAUCAAAACAACUUAUUAUCAAUUACACUAAAACAAAAUCAUUACAUUUUAUAAAUAUACUCUCACUUUAAUCUGUAUAAUACUAAGUAACUCUAUUCAAAAGUUUUGCUAUCCAGGAGUUCCCGUCGUGGCGCAGUGGUUAACGAAG